CCAGUUUCGCCACAACACAAUGUAUAAUUCUCUUGAAAUAAAAGCGAUACUCGUAACAAAAUAUCUUGAAACGAAAUUAAAAUCAGAUAAACCACCCGUUGACCUUCGAAAUGAAAUCACAAAUAACGGCUUAACAUCUCAAAUUCCGUUAAAACCGAUACUCUUGAAACAAGUACAGUUAUUAAAUUGGGAUUUCACACUUUUGGCCAAAAAAUCACAAAAGUUGUGCUGGUUGUAUAAAUACUCACGAUUUCAUUUCACCCCACAAUCAACGACAGUGUCGAUUCUCGACUACUUCACGAAAAAAAUCCAUAGCUUGAAUAAAUUCCCUAGCAAAAAAGUGCCAUGUCGCGUGCAGGUAAGUGUCUCUUUUCCACACUUGUGCGUCUUGAGCGUUUUUUCAGACUAUGUAUUGCGAUUACGCGUCGCUAAUUUGGCCGAUAAAGAUUUUAUCGAAGUCGAUUACAACGAAAGCAAAUUGAAUUAUCGCGAUUUGAUCGAGACUUGUUGCCAGCACUUGGGUGUUGAUAAACUCGAUGUGGAGAAAAUAAGGAAAUUGCCUGAUGUUACGAUACGAAGAGAUGAAGAUGUGAAACGGUUUAAUCGGUUGGAGCAUUUGGAAGUGGUUGUUGUCCCGUCGAGGCUGCAGCCGAGCUAUAAUUACCAACUUUGAUACGUUGGAAAUUGUUGUAAUUCAUGAACAAAUAAAGUUUUUCUUCUUA